AUGGACAUAUGUAUCUGUUUCGUUUGGGACGUUUAUGAAAAUAUUGGUUAAUAGCGGUACAAGGCGCUUCAUUACACAGAAACCUUAAGUGCCAAGGCAUUCUUUGAGUCGCUGAGAUGUCGUGUCAACUUACUGCACUGUCCCAUUUUCACGAUCUGGUUGCAGUAAAACGGUUUUUAUUCCCCGAACUGAAAGAUCCAACCCCAGAACCAACUACAGACGAUGACUGGGGCACGGCUGACUGGGGUUGGAAAGUAGAGGAUGAGGAAACCACUGAGAAUGAUGUCAUGGCAGACCUCAGACAAACCUGGUUUCAGGAAACCAUCAUUUCCCUGUCACCUACUAAUGACCUCGUGGCCAUUGCUAAUCAGGAUCGUAUUGUCUUUCUAACACAAAAGUGGGAUCCUACGGAGAAGGGAGAAAUUCAAACAAAGUAUUGUCCUGUCUGGCAAGGAAGUUUACGACAGGAAGAAAGCAGGGAACAGAUAACUGCUGUGAUGUGCGUCCCCUUAGCUUCUCAGAAAAGGAGCACACAAGGAGGUCCUGAUUGGACAUGUAUACUGGUGGGGUUUUCCACAGGAUAUGUUCGUUUCUAUACAGAGAAUGGCACAUUAUUGAUGUCACAAUUACUUCAUGAAGAACCUGUGAUAAAGCUGAAAUGCAGGACGUAUGAAGCUUCUCGUUACCUGGGUAUGGCUGAACAGCAUGAGGAGCUGAUUAUCCUGUAUAAGAAGGCAUUGGUCACCAUUGAUGGAUUUAGCUUUGUUCAGUCUCUGAGAGCCUGCAGGAACCAGGUAGCAAGAGCUGCUGCCAGUGGUGGCGAGUCCUCACUCCAGCCUCCUCCCUUAGCCUACAAGAAGUGGGGUCUUCAGGAUCAAGAAGGGAUAUUUGAUCAAGUCAGCUGUGGUGUGACGACCCCGAACCCGUUCGACCAGAUGAAGACAGCGUCAAUCCUGGGAGGGUUUAAGGCCACAAUCAAGCCCACCCCACCAGCUGCGGCUCAGUAUGUUACAGCAGGAAUAGGCCCUUAUGUUGGCUUCUUCUAUGCAGUUGAGGGGAGCAGCCAGCCAUUGCUGUCAGAAGUGGCAUAUGCCGUAGCUAAUAAACUGAGGACUGCCUUCAUGUCAGCUGCCAGUGGCUGGUUGGGGUUUGGUGGAAAGCCUAAAGUUGAUCACAGAGACAAAAGGAAACCCAAGGUGGAACCUGCAGCACCAUUACCUCUGAGGUUCGGUUUACCAGACAAGCGUCGUCAAGGGGAGAGUAUCGUGUUAUCACCAAGCUGUAACUAUGCUGCCACAACAGACAGUUUUGGGCGAGUGUUCCUGAUUGAUGUAGAGAGUGGAACAGCUGUUAGAAUGUGGAAAGGUUAUCGUGAUGCUCAACUUGGCUGGAUCCAGGUAAAGGAUGAUGGUGAGAACAAGUACGAGGAAAGCGUGAGAACAGCACAGUUCCUGGUGAUCUAUGCUCCAAGAAGAGGCAUAUUGGAGGUAUGGACAGCAGUGAACGGUCCCAGAGUAGCUGCCUUCAAUGUCAGCAAGUGGGCACGGCUUAUCUCCCCUGGAUACGGGAUGAUGGGCCUCAAUAAUGUCACCAUAAAGUCUGUCAAGAACAAAGCCUUCCAAGUCAUACUCGUUGACCCCAAGGGAACAGUUAAGACCCUAGAAGUGCCAUUUCAUCUGGCACUGAGUGACAAGAACAGUAAGCGAGCCAGAGAUCUUCACCUGCUGAAGAAGCUGAAGACACUGUUGAAAGAACACACCCACAACUCAGAUGGACUUGAAAAAGAAGUGAGUGAGAUUCUCUUGGACAUGAGAGUGGCUAAUAUUGUUAGACAGGCUUUGGAGAAGGCUCUGAAUACCCGUUACCUUAGUCCAGCUGUCAUGUUAAGACUGGUCAAGGCUGUGUCCUUGAGGCUCCAUGACAUUGCUGAAGCCGAUAUGGAUGUAGAAGGGCGUCACUUGUUCCAGUUUUGUCAGGGACAGGAAUCUCUGUUACAGACUUACAUCUCCCUGAAUAGCCUUAGUACACAAGAGGCAACGCACUCAGAAAAUUUGUCUGAGCACCUCACAUCGCUGCUGUUAGUCAAUCAGUCAGAGAUUGAACACCUGUUAUCUCAGGUGGAACAGUUUCACAGCUGUGUCCAAGAAAGUGCAGGUGGUCAUGUGUCCUUUGACCUGAACAGCUGUCUGAAUGUGGUUCCUUACCUGCACUGUUUUCACCUGGACCAUCACUCCCGAGAGUCGCACAUUGGCAAACAUGGAGGACUGACCCUGGGCAAGCACAUGAGUGAGGAGCGGAAAAUAUCCCUGGGACGCUUAGUGUUUGGGGCAUGCCUAGACAGACGAGUUUUGCCAGCAGACCUGAGCGUUGUUCUGCAGAGCUCUGGCCUAGGACCUGACCAACUUAUGGACCUCUUAACACAUUACUGGCUGUCAGAAGACGAUCGCAACCCUCAGUCAAUAGAACCGCUGUAUUACCUGAUGAAAGCUAUUACCUGUAUGACAGAAACGUCAGAUGUGAUUGUGGAUCCCAAUACUGUGUCCCCCUGGUGGCAAAAGCUAAGAGACUCAUGUAGCCGUUCAGAGAGAGCCUGUGCUGCCAUUCUUCUCGCUGUCGUUGGAAGAAGUGUUUCUUUAGAGUUGUUACGGAACCAGACCACAGCUAAGGAUCCUGAUGCAGACACUGCCAGUACACCUCCAGAUGAGAACAUGGACACAUCCGACUGGGAAUCCAUUACUGUAGACAUAGAACAAUGGACCAACCUCAUUAAACAGCUGGAGGAUGUCCUGGCCAUAAGCACCAUUCUGAAAAUCACACCAAGCUCAGACAAUGUAGGACCAGUCCACUCUGAGGCGGGUGUGAAUGGGUUAGGUGUGUCAGUGGCCAAGUUUCUGGAAGGAGGAAAAGGCUAUGUUCCCGAGGUUGUAGCCCGGUAUGUCUGUCGCACUGGCCUCUCCUCACAUGUUUUUAACAGUCCUCAUAAAACCCCUGAGGAGGAGAGCUCAAUGGAGACAGAAGAGGUAGAGAAGGGAGAGAACUCUGGUGUGUCAGACAGACUGAGGUCACAGUUCACAGAGUUACAGUCCCACUUCCCAUACAGCCUGGAGAAUGAUGUACUCAUGGCUAACUGUGCAUGGGAGUAUGCUGCUCAGUGGAAUAGGGAUCCCGAGUCAAUGAUGUGCCUAGAAAACUCUUUACACUUUAUGAAGCUGGUUCAGAAUGCAGUGUUGAGACAAGGCGUCUGCAGUAUGUUCUGGCACAUGUUUAUUGCCAAGAGGAUGAUGGCUGCAGCAUAUCUCAUGGAAAAGGUUGGGAAACCUCCAAAGGAACGGCUUUGCAGAAAGGAGGUUGGAAUCAGUGAUACACUGAUGGUGGAUUUCCUGAGGCUUACCUGUGAUUUUCUGGAAAUAUUACAAGACGCUAACUGUGAUGCUAACGUGGUACCUGUGUUCAACAUCGAGCCUCUGUGGCAGCAAGUACAUGGCCCUGCCUCGUUAGUGGAACUCUCUGUAGAGCAGAGAGCCACGAACUACGGCCUGGUGCGACACCACUACCAUUUGUCAUUACUGAUGUACUUCAUACUUCACUUUAACAUCAAAUCUGUCAAGGUUCUGUCUCUGUUUGAUUCCAAGGGAAAGAAUGCCUUUUUCAAUGAUUUGCAUGCUCACCCUCUAUUACCCAACCAAAAUGUGGACUCUUCCUUAUCACUGGCAAGGCGACAGUUCCUGAGUCGAGUUUUGACCCAGUCGGUGAGAGACAAUGACACACUAGACACUAAGUGGUCAUCUCUCGUGUUAGAGCUGGCUAAGGACUUUGGUCUGGACAUUGAUUACUUCAAACAACACCUGGUCUGUGAACUGUACUCAGAAGGCAAAGACAAGAUGGCUGAAGAGGUGUUAUCGACAGUGAACGAUCAUGAGCUGAUGGGGUCACAGUUAUUGCUGGUGGCAGGACAGAGAGUGGCUCAUUACAUCUACACCUGUGACCCCCCAGGGGGACUGGAGAAAGUUGCUAGUCUCUCUCCUACCGUCUCCACCUGGCUCAAGAGCAUGGAGAGUGUAGAACUGAGGUGCCCCAAUGUCCCCCUCCACAACACCGCCGUGCUCAUGGGGCAUGUGGUCAACCAGCUGCCUGAGGGAUACUCUGAGUACAACCUAGCUGUCUCGUUGGUGGAGCUGGUACAGUCGCUCCUGUAAUCCUGACGCUGUCCAGUGUGUGGAGUGAUGAAUGAACAGGUAACAGGGAGGACUGAGAUCCUUUGGUUCAGUCUUGUGGUGAAGCAGCAUGUAGGAGAGCAGACUGAAAUUUUGUGGGAGAUAUCAUAGGAGUGAAUGAACAAACUGAAAGGCAUUUUUCUUUCAGCUAUGUAAAAAAGAGACGCUUCAGAUGGCCCAGUCGUAGAUCACGUAUGUAGCCUCAAACCAAAGGCUAUGACUGAACUAGAGUUUCAUCCUAUGAUUAUUUAAUGUCAGUUAUAAUGUUUUGAGGAGGAAAGCACAAGCUAAUGACAGGGUUACAUGAUUUUUGUUUUGUUAUCUUGAUAUAUCAUGUGGAAGAAGUUUGACACACGCUCACAUUUUUCAUUCGAGUUACAUGUUAUGGUAAAACUCAAGUAUAUAGCUCAUGGUCCACUUAAGAGGCUGUAUUUAACAUCAGUUAGAGCAGAUCCAGUUGAAUUUUUGAUGUUAUUUUAGAAUAGCGAAAAUGACGUUUCACAACUUAUCUGUCACGUCUGUGCUCAUGUUACCGUUCAAAAUCGAUCAGUGAAGUUCCUAAAGUUUAUAGAAUGAGUCACUUCAUAACUUUUUCAAACUUUGGGUUACAUUCUGUUACGCCAUUAACCCACUCUAACAGCAGAGAUGACACAGUUUCAUUAAAGUAAAUCUAAACUGUAGCUUUUGGCGCAGACAGUAUGUACAUGGUUGCUGCAGUGAAUGUCCUGUAAUGAAUUAAAUCUUAAUGGCUUUCGUAGCCGUAAACUUUGUUCAUAUGAAAUUGGAAUUUAUACAGAGCCUGGAGAUGAGGAAUCAUGUUGUGUUUUAUAAUGUGUUGAAUACUGAGACAAUGGUGAUCUUGAUCACAAAAUUAUAGGUACAUUCUGAUAAGCCCAAUACUGGAAUUUGUUUUUGGUGACUUCAUCUGGAAAACUUUUAGGUAUCAACACUUUUGACAGGUAUGUGCUUGUGUAAACUGAGGGAUGUUUUUACCAGGUUGUCAGAAUUUUUCUCAUGUACCAUUAGUCUGAUACAUUAGCCCAGGAUGUAAGACAGGCAUGACACUUGUGAAAUGAAGCCACCACAGAUUGACAGGUCAGACAAAGUUUACAUCAAUGCUGGUAUUAUAUUGCAAUAGGAUCCAGAUUUUUAAGUCCAUAUUUGCAUUCGUUAAAGUGACUAGUCUUGUUUCCAAUCUUACAUUGCAUAAAUAUUUAUAGCCCCUAUCAUGUCAGCAAAUAAUAUCAGGUGUACAUUUGAUUAUUUAUUUUAACAUUUAUGUUAAUAGUAUUAGUUAAAUGUUCAUGGUUGUGUGUAAAGUCCAGAAAAUUGUUUGUUUGGUUUUGCAGUUAUGUAGGAAAUAUGGUGUUAAAUGCUAAACAUCUUAAUUUCCAUUAUACCUUCACUGAAGUGUCAAAUGUACAUACAGUAAACUAAGUACAGAACAGGAAAACUUUCACUUUUGUUUACAAGCAAAUCUUAAACAGUCCACAUGUUACUUUUUGUACACAACUGCAUGUCCUUUUAGAAUUUUUAGUAAAUUUAUUCUUAUAAUUGGGUAUUAUGAUAAGAAAGAAAGUUUAAAUCUUAAAUGCAGACUGAACAGGUUUUGCCUUGUAAUGAACUGAUAUUACCAAAAUGUAUACAGAAUAUGCCUGACCUUUUAUCACGUACGGUACCUUAUUUUGUUCAUCGUUUAACUUGUGAUGUCAGUAUCAUGUACACUUGAUGGAGAACAAGCACGUUAUUUUCAGCAAUAUUUUCUGUGUAAUAAGUAAUGUGUCCAAUUCAAGAGGAUGCACUCAUCAGUUUGAGAUAUCUGGUUUGAUUACAAAAGUAUUAGUAGUGACAACUGACACCUGUCUGUCUGUUGGUCAGUUAAUUGGUAAAGUUUUUGAUAUCCUGCAUGUAUUUAAUAGGGGCCGGAGUGCAGGAAAGCAUUGACUAUUCUGAGGGAUAAUUUAAAAUUCAAGUUUAAUAAGUAAAUAGACAUAGAAAUACUUUGAUUUUGAGGAUAGACAUGCAAUAAGAAAAUCUGCCCUUUUUUUCCUGUUUAUGCCUGUAAAUUGUUUUACUCGAAAAAAUAAAACUUCAAGGCAAAAAACUGAACAUAGCUUGGGCUGGAUUGCUUUGAUGAAAGAGGUUCGCUUCUUUCAAACUGCUAUAAUAACUAAGACCCAUUUGAAGGUGAAGAAAGUUACACAUUAAAGUACCGUUACCUAGUGAGUAAGCCAUAACUUUAUACAUCAUUUGUUCAGUGAAAGUGAAACUGAAAUUGCUGGGUACUGAUAAGAUGAAUUUUCAGGAAACUAAAACUUUUCUCUUAAGCUGAUCUCCAUGAUAUACUAACGUUUCUUUUUAUGCUCCUCUGAAUUGGGCUUUUUAAAUUUAUUUACGACUUUUGUGUAUGCUUGUUUCUGAUGACCACUCGUCUUCCUUAACCAAGGUUUUUUAUCCAUCUACCUGUAUAAUUAUGUGCUUGUGAAAGCUUACACCAUACUGCCAUGGUAAUAUGCAACUUAUAGUGAAAUUCAUAACACUGGAGUGCUGUCCCUUUGUGGUUUGCAUCACCAGUUCAUGGCAGAUGCGAAAAUGUUUGCAGUUUACAUUGUUGAGGCCUUCACAUGUGUGAAUUCUAAAAGGGUAAACAUAUCACAGCAAUGAAAAUAAAUUUGGGGAUUAGUUAUUGUUGUGGCUUUGUACUAUUAGAACAGGGAAUAAUAAAGAAAUUUAGCCUUAGUUUUUCCUGAAUUGAUCUGAUGAUAUACUCUGCCACAAAUUUAAACCAGUUUGCAGACUGCUGUGAAUUGGCGACAUACCACCACAAGGGACUUCACUCUGUAUAGUCAUUGGAGGUAAUAGGUAUUGCACAAAUUUAUUUUUAAAGAUAUAAGAUUUAAGGAUUAACAGUACGUAUCAAUUUAUUAUUGGUAGUUUAUUUAUUACUUGAAAACCUUUUUACCAUACAAUCCCUGUGAAAUUCGUAAGAAACUCCAGUAUAAAUUGAGAUUGUUAUUUUUUGUUGUUGAUUUCUGUUUUCUAUGCACAGAUGCUUGCCUUAUUUUUCAAAUAUAUUCACAGGAAAUUGCCUAGACAAUUUGACCGUCACAACCAAUGAUCUUGUAACAUCCCCUAUGAUCUACGGUUCAUAAAUUGCCUUUAGAAUUACCCUUUAAUAUGUAAAAUGGUUGAGGAGUUAGAUUAUUAAUUGCUGGAGAACAAAUUCUGCUGAUUUUUUUUUAGUAACAUCUAUUCUGAGCGGAGCACCUUUCCUUCAGACUUAAGAGGCUUCCAUCUGUCACAUUGUGUGUUCAUGGUAUAUUCACCUCUGUUGUUAUUGUUAACCCCUUUCUCAUUGCUUUAACAAUUUUAAGGCAGAUUACACUUUAUAUACCCAACAUCUGGUAAAAUGUUACUGUCACAUUUGCAUAGGGAAAAAAAUGUUUAUUGUAUAUGUUUACAUUUAAGAGAGAAACUGAUGUCAAAAAUAUCAUAUAUUACACAACUUGAUACCUAUUGUGAUUAUAAAUGUGGCCUAUUUGUACAAUUUUCAAGACUGGUGAUAUUGUGUUGGCAUAGGUUCAAAGAUAUUAAAA